AAGUUUGUUGUCACGAAGGUUGCAUAGUCUAUUCGUUAGACCCCGCUGACUUCCCUUCCUCCAAUCAGCGACAGUCCCCCUUUCCUUCCUCCAAUCAGCGACAGUCCCCCUUUCCUUCCUCUGUCAUAACUCAUAAGUUUCAGAAAGCGAGCUCUCCAUCUUCCUUAAUCCUCUGGUUUCCGAUCUCAAACAUUCAACAGCGAAAUCAGGUGAUUUGCGAUCACCCCAGCCACCACUGACUGAUCCAAUGGCGCCGGCAGGGUUCGACACCACCACCACCCCUACCACCCCCACAGUCAUCAUCUUAUUCGUCGUCAUAUUGAUUUCGUUCGACGUCGUUUUCUUGUCCUGCGCUGUAGUUGUUUCGGACGAUCCGAACAAGUUCAUUCUCCGGCCACCACACGGCGGCGGUAACCGCAACACGAUGUUCCUCCCUCUCUUUUUCUCUCCUCCCAACUCCUCCCGAGUCUCCCCUGCCAAUUUAGAGUUAAGAAAUUCUCGUCGACACCUCCAGAAAUUUGAGUCUCGCCGGCCAAAUGCUCGCAUGGAACUUCACGACGAUCUCCUCCUGAACGGGUACUACACUACUCGGCUUUGGAUCGGAACUCCGCCGCAGAUAUUCGCUCUGAUCGUUGAUACGGGGAGUACUGUAACGUAUGUACCGUGCUCGACGUGCAAACGGUGUGGUAGACAUCAGGAUCCAAAGUUCCAGCCGGAAUUGUCGAGCACCUACCAGCCUGUGAAAUGCAACAUUGAUUGCACUUGUGAUAAUGAUAGGGAACAAUGUGUUUAUGAGAGAAAGUACGCUGAAAUGAGUUCUAGCAGUGGGGUCCUUGGUGAGGAUAUUAUAUCCUUUGGCAACCAAAGUGCACUUACACCCCAACGUUCUGUUUUUGGUUGUGAAAACUGGGAAACUGGUGACCUUUACAGUCAGCAUGCUGAUGGCAUAAUGGGUUUGGGCCGUGGCGAUCUCAGUAUAGUGGAUCAACUUGUUGACAGAAGUGUAAUAAGCAAUUCUUUUUCUUUGUGUUACGGUGGAAUGGAAGUUGGUGGUGGUGCCAUGGUUCUUGGUGGAAUUUCACCCCCUGCUGACAUGGUCUUUACCCAUUCAAACCCUGUCCGCAGUCCAUAUUACAACAUUGAGCUGAACGAGAUUUACAUUGCUGGGAAGAAGUUGCCUUUAAACCCAAGGGUUUUUGAUGGAAAUCAUGGAACAGUACUAGAUAGUGGCACCACGUAUGCUUACCUACCAGAAGCAGCAUUUGUAGCAUUUAAGGAUGCUAUCAUGAAGGAACUGCAGUCCUUGAAACAGAUCCGUGGUCCCGAUCCAAAUUAUAAUGAUAUUUGCUUCUCUAGUGCUGAAAGUGAUGUUUCGCAACUCUCAAAAGUCUUUCCAGCUGUUGAUAUGGUAUUUAGCAAUCGACAGAAGCUGUUCCUAUCUCCCGAAAAUUACUUGUUCCGGCAUUCAAAGGUGCAUGGUGCAUAUUGCCUGGGGAUUUUUCAGAAUAGAAAGGAUCCAACCACUCUUUUAGGAGGAAUCAUUGUCCGCAAUACUCUUGUAACAUAUGAUCGGGAACAUGAAAAGAUUGGAUUUUGGAAAACUAAUUGUUCUGAGUUAUGGGAAAGACUUCACAUCUAUGGUGCACCUCCACCAAUGGCUCCAGUUCUAAAUAGGACAAACUUGACUGUAGAUAUGCCUCCUACAUUGCCUCCUAGCGAGCCUCCACAGUAUGAUCAUCCAGGGCAAAUAGGAGUUGAAAUCAUAACAUUUUAUAUGUUGUUAAAUAUAAAGUACUCGGACCUGAAGCCGCACGUCACAGACCUUGCUCAGUUCAUUGCCCAGGAGCUAGAGGUUAAUGCGUCACAGAUUCACUUGUUGGAUUUUACAUCAAAAGGAAAUGAUUCUCUCAUAAGAUGGGCCAUUUUGCCAGCUGGAUCCGAUAAAUACAUUUCUAAUGCCAUUGCAAUGAGUAUUACUGCCCAGUUAGCUGAAAAUCGUGUGCAUCUUCCUGAUUCCUUCGGAAGUUAUCGGUUGUUUAAUUGGAACACUGAGCCCCCACCAAAACGGACGUGGUGGCAGCAACAUUACUUGGUUGUAGUUGCAGUUAUUGCUACACUCAUUCUUGGAUUAUCAGCUUCUGGUGCAUGGUUCAUUUGGAGACGCAGGGAGCAGUCGCAUGUUUCAUACAAGCCUGUUGAUUCUGCUGCUCUCGAGCAAGAACUCCAGCCGCUGUAGACACGUUGAAGCAGUCGUGGCCCAAUGAUUUAUGCCAAAAAUAUGGCAGGCCAUUUUUCCUGGUGAUGACUGAUUUCCGCAACCAUAGCUACGAGAUUGAUACAAGUUUUGGCAAGCAAAAAACCUGUGGUUUAAAUUAUGUCCAUCAUUAAAGUUCAAUAGAGAUAUACAAGUUGACAGUCACAUAUAUCGAACCCAUAUUUGUAUAUUGUAGGGUAUGGCUGAAUCAAAAGCUUGACCAUCUACAAUUUGUUUUCAUUAAAUAUCAAAAUUUUUAUGUUUUGAAGUAUUUCGAC